CGGUCCCCGCACCGUCAGCCAAGGGGUCAGGGGGAACACCCGCCUCCCUCGGGCCCGCCCCCUGCGCUCUCUCAUUGGCUGGACGGGGUGCCACUCAACUGCACCCAGCCUUGGGCCGGGGGUCCCGGUCUCGCCGCCUGUGCCGGGGGGUGUCUGGCGGCCGUGCAGAGCAGCGAUGGCGUCCGGCAGCGGUGCGGAGGCUGUCAGCGGGGCCCAGCUCAUCGCGGAGUCCCUCAAGGCUCAGAAUAUUGAAUACAUGUUUGGCAUUGUUGGUAUUCCAGUCACUGAAAUCGCAAUUGCAGCACAAGCAGUUGGAAUAAAAUAUGUAGGAAUGAGAAAUGAACAAGCAGCCUGUUAUGCUGCAUCUGCUGUUGGAUAUUUGACUGGCAGACCAGGAGUAUGUCUUGUAGUGUCUGGUCCAGGAUUUUUACAUGCCCUUGGUGGGAUGGCAAAUGCAACCAUAAACUGCUGGCCUUUGAUUGUUAUUGGAGGCUCUUCUGACAGAAAUCAGGAAACCAUGGGUGCUUUCCAAGAAUUCCCCCAGGUUGAAGCUGGUAGGCUCUACAACAAACUGUCUGUCCGUCCAAGCAGCCUAGAAGUUAUUCCUGCUGUUAUUGAGAAGGCUGUAAGAACCAGCAUAUAUGGUCGUCCAGGUGCCUGCUAUAUUGACAUCCCAGGGGAUUUUGUGAAUCUUCAGGUGAAUAAGAGCUCUGUCAAGUACAUGGAAUGUUGUCUGCCACCUCCUGUCAGCACAGCUGAACAAUCUGCUGUAUCCAAAGCACUCUGUAUCAUUGCUCAUUCCAAGCAGCCUCUGCUGAUCAUUGGCAAAGGUGCUGCUUAUUCACAUGCUGAAAACAACAUCAGAAAGUUGGUGGACCUGUGUGGACUGCCUUUUCUGCCUACACCAAUGGCAAAAGGAGUUGUUCCUGAUGACCAUCCAAAUUGUGUAGCUGCAGCAAGAUCAACAGCAUUACAGCAUGCUGAUGUAAUCAUCUUGCUUGGUGCAAGGUUGAACUGGAUUUUGCAUUUUGGUCUUCCACCAAGGUUUCGACAAGAUGUAAAGGUUAUUCAGAUUGAUAUUUGUGCAGAGGAGCUGGGGAAUAACGUGAGGCCAGCUGCAACUUUGUUUGGUGACAUAAACGCCGUGACACAGCAGCUCUUGGAAGAAUUUGGCAAAAGACCAUUGAAAUACCCUUCUAAUUCAGAGUGGUGGAAACAGCUAAGAGAGAAAAUUGUGAGCAAUGAGGAAAGAUCGAAGGGAUUAGCAUUACAGAAAACCCUGCCCAUGAAUUAUUACACAGUCUUCCAUCACAUCAGAGAACUUAUACCCAAAGACUGCAUCAUAGUAAGUGAGGGAGCAAACACCAUGGAUAUUGGACGAACUAUGCUUCCAAAUUACUAUCCCCGUCAAAGGCUUGAUGCAGGUACCUUUGGAACAAUGGGAGUUGGGUUGGGUUUCGCUAUAGCAGCUGCAAUGGUGGCUAAAGACAGAACUCCUGAAAAGCGCAUCAUCUGCAUAGAGGGAGACAGUGCUUUUGGAUUUUCUGGGAUGGAGGUGGAAACUAUUUGCAGACACAACUUGCCAAUCCUGAUUAUUGUGGUAAACAACAAUGGGAUUUACACUGGUUUGGAUGCAGAUGCUUGGAAGGAGAUGUUAAAGUUUGGAGAUCCUGCUACAUGUGUACCUCCUGUUUCUCUUCUGCCAAAUUCACACUAUGAGAAAAUUAUGUCUGCAUUUGGAGGUAAAGGAUACUUUGUUAAAACACCGGAAGAAUUGCAGAAUGCUCUGAGAGCAAGCUUGGCUGACAAGCAAACACCUUCUCUCGUAAAUGUAAUGAUUGAUCCACAGUCUGAGAGAAAGAAGCAGGAAUUUCACUGGCUGACUCGUUCUAACCUGUAGCAGAUGAUGAAGAUAAUGGACCUUAAUUCAGGAUGAUGCAUUAAGCAAAACUAAAUUGGUUUCCAGAAAUGGGACCAGUACAACUCUCUUUUACAUAAGCAUUGGAACAGAGUGGGAUUUUAGAACUGCUAUUAGAGGAAUCUUUAAAUGCUGAAAUUAAGUAAUUGUAAGAUGAACAAGACAUUUAUGAAUGUAUACCAGGCCUUGUAGCAGAUUGUACAGUAGCACUGAUGAUAAAAUGGCAUACUUUUUCUUUUACUCAAAGUCAUAAUCACGAAGAUUUGUGAAUUAAAAUCUUGGGUGUUCUGCAUGAAAGGAAUAAGCUGAGGGUUUUAUACUGACAGAAACAUGGAAGUCUUUUGAAGUCUUCAAUCAUAGUAACUUCAUUUUUAACUGACCAUCGCACCAGCAUUGUGUGGUUGUUAAAGACUUGUUCAAGUCCUGUAAGGACCAAAAUGAAGAAUCUUGUGAAAAAGUGCUGAUUUGCCUCAUGCAUUGAAGCCCCCACUGGAUUCAUAGUCACUUCAUGAUUUUACAGGCUGUUUUUCAGCCUCUACAGCAGAUAGAAGUAGUGUAUUAAAGAUGUAGACUUAAGGACUGAGUUCCCAUCUACUACAUUUGUUUUUGUUAACUGGGUCUUAACAGUGUUUUCAGGGAAAAAAAAUCAUGCAUUUUCUGCUUGAAGCAUUUCUUUUUGCAAAGACAGUAUCAUUCCCAUACGCUGAAAACAGGACUGGAUUUAUUAGUGAUAUUUCCAAGGUUAAUAGAUCAUAAAUUUUUCUAAUGGGAAGCAUUUAAAAAACCCACACUACUAACAACAGAAAGAGACCAAAAUAAAAAAACUCACUUAAAGAAACAGGCUGGAGCUGAAUGCUCAGUUUGGCUGCCAUCACAAAGCAACCACUGCCAUUCAGUUCUUUGUACAAUGUACUCACUGUAUAGAAACUCAGUGCCCAACUUGCACUGAUUGUGAUGCUCAGCUAACUUUUAAAGAGAAUAAUUGGUCUCCCUGAGGUUCUCUAUUUCAUCUCUUGUUGCAGCUGACAAUCUUAGAGCUCAGACUGUAAGUGAUGUAGCUUUUUCUCUGCUUUUAUCAUGGCUGACAGAAACUACUAUUCAGUGUACUACUGGCUCUGAUUUUGUGUUAUUGUCUAUUACUCCAUUGACAUUAAGUGUUUGUUAACUUUUGGAAUGCACUUGUAUGGCCCAAGUAACAGAAUCUUGUCCUACAGUUAAGUUUGUUGCAAAAAAUCUUGGCUUGUUAGUUCUUGCAGUUCAGUCCUGCUCUGCCAGGAGUCCAUGGGUUACUGCUAGGCAGAGGAAUGUCUGCACACUGGUGCAGAAAGAUAGUACCUGGCAUGAGCAAGAAGAGCACCAGAGUCUGACUAGAGAUACCACUACUUGUUAUGUUUGUUGUGGGAAUAGCCACGUAGCACUGGGAGUGAUUAAGUCAAGAAAGGUAAUGUCCUUAGGAGGCCUGAGUG